AUGACAACCAUAUCUGACCUUUCGGCUCAGCUCCACCCGCAGUCCUCGGUUACCGAUGCCCUGCAUCUUCUGAGUACUGAUUCCGAGUUGACCGAACUCGUCCUCCGCAACUCCUUCGCCGCGACCGUUCACACCUUGGAAGAUAUCCACCUUCUCGGUGGUCCUUCUUACGAGAGUCUGUUCGGGAUUUCCUCUGACGACUGUGCCCCCGCUUUGAAAUUGGUCGUUCGUAAGCUUAUCCGCAUCGCCUCUGCCUUGCAUACUUCUUCGGGUGCUGCUCCCCCUGCUACCACUUCUCUCCCCGAACAAGACACUCCUUGGCUUGACAGUCUCUCUCACUUGCUCACUCUAACUCCAUCGCCCGGUCGUAUCAAGCGUCAGGCGCCAACGUUGGCUGAGCUCCUCGGUGAUCGUGACUCUUUACGUGGAUUGACCUAUUCUCUUCACUGCCCCCCCGAUAUCCUCAUCGACAUCAUGUCUUUCCAGGAUGUGGAUCGCCUCCGU